UGCGUUCAAACGCAAGCAGGAGCCCAAUCAGUUGUGAGAAAGAGCAAGGAACACUCUUAUACUCUUCGUUCGCCCUUAGUUUUGUGGACGAAAGAAUUUCGUGUAAUUUAAGAAAUUGUUGGGCGAAUCAUUGAAAUUCAGUACCACGCGUGAACUCAUUCCCUUUAAUUCUGGAUUCGCUUGUUUUAGGAAGCAAGCUGGUUAGCUCAUUAGUCUAUAGCAUUAGCUACGGCAGAUUCCUAGCAUGCCACAAGCUACAGUAGCUAACUCUAGCUAGCUACGUUUUCUGUGGGGGUCGUGUUUUCUCAACCACAAAGGAGCAGCUAGCUGACGUUUGGCAGACUAACCAGCCAAUACUAGUUGGUUAGCGCUAGCUACCGAGCGCAGUACUGUAAAAAAAACAGCACAAAUAGCUAACUGCAUAGGUGUGCAUUAGCUAAAAUGGCGGAGCCAGACAAAUUGAACAUUGACUCCAUAAUACAGCGACUGCUUGAAGUGAAAGGUUCCCGGCCAGGCAAGAACGUGCAGCUGGCAGAGAAUGAGAUCCGUGGCCUUUGCUUGAAAUCGCGGGAGAUAUUCCUCAGCCAGCCAAUCCUGCUAGAGCUUGAGGCCCCUCUCAAGAUCUGCGGUGACGUCCAUGGUCAGUACUACGACCUCUUGCGGCUCUUUGAGUAUGGCGGCUUCCCUCCCGAGAGCAACUAUCUGUUCCUCGGGGACUACGUGGACAGAGGCAAGCAGUCCCUGGAGACCAUAUGCCUUCUGCUGGCUUACAAAGUCAAGUACCCAGAGAACUUCUUCCUCCUCAGGGGCAACCACGAGUGUGCCUCCAUCAACCGCAUCUACGGCUUCUACGACGAGUGUAAGAGGCGGUAUAACAUCAAGCUGUGGAAGACCUUCACAGACUGUUUUAACUGCUUGCCAGUGGCUGCUAUUGUCGAUGAGAAAAUCUUCUGUUGCCAUGGAGGCCUCUCCCCAGACCUGCAGUCCAUGGAGCAGGUCCGCAGGGUGAUGCGACCCACGGACGUGCCGGACCAGGGCCUGCUGUGUGACCUGCUCUGGGCCGACCCAGACAAAGACGUGCUGGGCUGGGGCGAGAAUGACCGCGGCGUCUCCUUCACCUUCGGAGCUGACGUGGUGGCCAAAUUCUUGCACAAACACGACAUGGACCUCAUUUGCAGAGCACAUCAGGUGGUAGAAGACGGGUAUGAGUUCUUCGCUAAGAGACAGCUGGUAACCCUGUUUUCAGCCCCUAACUACUGCGGCGAGUUUGACAAUGCUGGCGCCAUGAUGAGUGUAGACGAGACCCUCAUGUGCUCCUUCCAGAUUCUCAAGCCUGCUGACAAGAAGCUAUACUCCUAUGGGGGAGGAGGGGGCAUGGGAUCCGGACGUCCAGUCACUCCUCCUCGAAAUUCUGCCAAGGGUGGAAAAGCAAAGAAAUAACACCUGCUGCACACCUUCUUUUUUAUUUUCUACCUCCCCCCCUCCUCUCUCCUCUUAUCUCCUAAUAGUAUCAAAUCAAAACAGUGCCCAGGGUUUAGUCUUCUUUUUUUCCAUUAGAAAUUCUAGAUGCUCUACACUGUAUAACAGUUCAAGAGUGUCUGAGAGAGAAAUGUUUGUACCAUUCUUUUCCCCCCUUCACUCAUCUCUUCUCCCCAGUCUCCAAGGGGGAGGUAGCACGGUUUCUCGCCAAUUUCAGGGUGGGUGCUGAGCAGACGAAUACUGUACUGAGCAAAUCUAAAUGGACAGGGAAUGGGCAGGAAGGAGCAGGUUUUUUAUUGUUUAUAGAAAAUCCUGAACUGUUCAUUUGAAGUCUGCGUCUUUGGAACAUCUGCUAGGAGAGCGUGAGUAGGGGGUCAAACAGUUUGGAAAAAGCCACACACCGACACAUUUGUUCUAUUUUAUUGCCAAACGGUUGGGUUGGUACAAACUGCUGAAAGAGUUGACGACGUACUGAACUGGUUGUUUGACGCACAGAGAUGUGCAUAGAAUUCAUACAAAGAGUCAGAGAUUGAAAUACAAACCGAGUUUAGGUUUGGUGGUAAAUAAUUGUCUGAUUUAUUUGAGGUAUUUUAUGUUUUUAAUCUUUAGAAGUAAAAUAAAUCAAUAAAGAGUAAGAUUUAUUAAAAUUAA